AUGAAGCUGGUGGUCAUGAGUGGCGCGACCCGCGUACCAGUGGUACAGUGCCGAUACGAUGUCGACAGGGGGCUCAAGAAGUCCGCGAAGUGGCAGCAGGGGUGCCGCCUCGGUGUCAAUGGCUUCCAGGGAGUCCUCCAAGUCAUCGGCCUUGGUGACGUCUGGGAGCUCGCGAAGACGGUGAAGAAUAGCAGCGGGCAGGAGAGUUUCGAGCCCAAUGUCAGUGAGCUCUCGGAGUGGGGGAUCAGCUGUGAGACCGCGCAGAAGCUCAUCGCCGAGGUCGUGCAAGAACGCGACACCCAUCGCAUCGUUCGUCAGACGGAGGAGGGUGAUAGCGGCAGGUCCGACCCGCAGAUAUCGUUCGGCAGGCUCGAUCGCAUUCACACCGCGCUCGCGUCACAGGACAUUCUCGACCUCUGCCCGCAGACUGGCACGAGCUGGGUUAUCACGAAUCUUAGCAAGCCGUUGGACCACGCACCUGCGUUCCUGUCGCUCGCUGUUUGGAAGCCCACGGGAGACGCGCGCAUCCCGACGUGGGUGGCCAAGCACCCGCAGUUUAGCAACAUGGCGAAGGAUAUCUUGGAUCCAGAGUUCUUGCCCCGCGACGCCGGCCACCGUCAGCUGGAGAUCAAAGAUGCGAUGAAGUUCGUCGCGAAUCGCGUCAAGGCUAGGUGGGUGGACAAUGAGGUGAUUAAGGAGCUUGUCACGCAUAUCUGCCCUAUCCCAUCUGACGAUGCACAGUACUGUGCGAAAGACGGCUCGAUCUACCCGCGAAUUGUGCCCGAGAGUUUGCUCGCCGACAUUUUGUCGCAGAAGAAGGGCUCAUCUCCUGGGCCUGACGGGGCCCCAUACUCGGCGUGGGCUGCCUCUGGGGAUGCGGGCCUGAACUGUCUGCAUGGCGUUUACCUGGACUUAGUGGGGUCCCAGAGGAGUUCCAUGUUCUUAUGCUACGACCGUCUAGUUAAGGGCUGGCAGGAAUCCGACGAGGCGACCAUCGAUUCCCAGCUGGGGACGUCAGCGGCGAACCUCUUGGAUUGCACGGACUUCGGCGGCGGCGCGGGCAUGCACCACGUGUGCAGGGAGAUGGCCAGGUUCGGCACCAGCGACCAGGGCGACGAGUGGGCCUUGAACGUGGUGGUCGUCACGAGGGGCCAGUGGACGCGCGAGCGUCUGAAUGAGGUAGGAGCGGGCAGCAGUGGCAUGGCAGGCGAUGGGCCCCAGAAGCUCAACCGCCAUGCGCAGCGGCGCCGCGAGCAGGCUAAGGACUGGUGCUGCAAGUUCUGCGUCCACCCGAUCACGCAGAACCAGUGGUGGAAUCGGUCCGACACGGUGUCGUGCUCCAAGUGCGGGACGGCCAAGGCGGUGGCAUUCAUGUGUGUUCGCCCGCCGCCUGGACCGUCCACCAAGCGUGCCAAGCCGCCAGCAGCUAAUCCAUCGGGCAACGGCUCCACUGCGGUGCCGCCGUGGGUCAAUGACAAGCUGGAGGCCUUGGCAAAGGAGCUUGCCAGCACCAAGGCCAAGCUGGCCGAGACCACCAGCAAGCUGCAGGGGCCGUUCAUGGAGGUCGACGAGGGCGCAGAGCACGGUGAGGGCCAGGGUGACUCCUUGGACCAGAAGCGGGCUCGCCUCGAGGAGGUCGACGCCGCGCUGCGGGCCAUCGCGGGCUCCAGCGAGGUCCUGUUCGAGACGGCUCGUGUCGAGCUGGAGGACACUCGCAAGAAGCUCAGCGCGGAGCUGGCGGCUGCGAAGCCCGUCCCAGCGCAGCUGCGCACCUUGUCCUUCAAGCUGGGCAAGCUCGAGCAGAAGCGCGCCAAGCAGGAGGAGGCCCUGCAGACGGCCAAGGACAAGGUCGUGCAGGCCAAUAAGGAGGUGGAUGAGGCCACGCAGCAGAUCGCCGAGUCCGACGCGGCGAUCUUGGAGCUCCAGCAGGAGCAGACGCGGCUUGCCGCCACGCUCCCUCGGCCACCAGCUGGAGGCGUCUCGCCGAAGGCUGACAUCGUCGAGGGGCUCGGCGUCACCAUCGAGAAGAUGGGCGCGAUGUUGGCAGAGCUCGGCGAUAGCGGGGUGCUCGCGGAGAAGCUCGGCGCGGUGCUGGGCGAGGUCCGUGAGUACGAGAAGCGUAAGGUCGAGGCCGCAGCGCAGGAGGCCAAGGCUGCAGCCGAGGCAAGGGCGACUCAGGCCAAGGCCGAGCCCGUGCCCAGCCAGGGCGCCAAGGGGCCGGAGGCAGGCCCUGACCUCCCAGACCCCGACACGGCGACCGAGGAGGAGCUGCGCGAGUUCCUCUCCAGCUCGGGCGUGGACCCGUCCCAGGAGAGCUCGGAGCUCCGCGGCCAGGUGCGCAAGAUCACCGACGCGCUGGGCGGCUGGCGCGAGGUCAAGAGGGCCAAGGCCGAGGCCAGCGCCGCCCGCAGCAAGCGGCGGGCCCAGCUGCUGGCGCGCGUUGGAGCGCGCGAGAAGGCCUUGGCCAAGGCGAGCGCGCGCCAGCGCCGAGGCAAGGCCUCCAGCAAGCAUCGAGCCUUGGACCCUGGCUGGCAUGGAGUCUGGAGCUCGGCCACCAAGACGGGCAACCAGGAGGGCACUCAGGCGGGCCUGGCCAUCCUGGCUAAGGGAGACGUGCUGGUCACGGAGAGCCUUGUCAAUCAGACUGUGCUGCUAUGCCAUCAGGAGCGGGCGGGCACGAUGUCCAACAAGGCUUUCGACAAGUUGGCUCGCAUGCUAGUGGACAUCACCAAGUUCAUGGCAAGGAUUCGCAACGAUCCUUUACGUGACGCCUUGGAUGAUGAUGCUCGGAACUUCUUCGACAUGGACAUCGGUUUUGUCACUAGUGGUAGCACGAAUCACAUGAUUGAAAGUAUCAUCGAUCGGGCGGACGCUUGCCAGAAGCGCCAGAAUGACACGGCUCUAGCGUGUUGGCGAGAGUGGGCGGCUUCGUCGUUCAAAGGUGGAGGUCGUUUCGCACACCGUCACACUCGAGGCCGCGCACUUCAGGAAGUUUGCGCUGCCUGCCUGCUUCCUGGUUCGGAGGCGCAGCCAUUCAAGAUGGCGGACAGAGCCAUGCGAGAGUGGGACACCAUAUGGCACAUGCAUGAUCUUCCUGAGCCAGUUCCACACGGGUCUGAUCAGUGGGACGAUCUACCACAUAUAUCCUUGGACGAUAUCAAGCGUGCGAUCUUGCAGUUCCCUUGGACCACGGGCAUCGGGCACUUCGAGUUUGCGCCCCGAGCGUUCUGGUUCGUUUCGGACGCCGGCCUGGAGUCGCUGGCGCGCCUGUUCAUGCGAUGUGAAAAGCUUCUGAUAUGGCCGUCGUCUCGCAUUCUCACCCAGCUUGUGCGUAUUCCGAAGUCCACAGGCGGCUGCAGGCCCGAGGAAGCUAUGCCCGACGAUGUCCUGGAGCACCGUGCCAGCUUGGUCAAGAGCUACCAGACAGAUAACGGCAAGGAAGCUUUCUUUUUAAAUUAUGGGCUGCCGCCCUUGCCGCUUUUUCCAGAGCCAGUGGCCGACUCGCUUCCGACGAUGGGGUGGGGUGACUGGCGGGGAGUCUGGGGGCCGAAGGUGUACACGGACGGGUCAGGCCUGGCGAAUUCGAUGGAAGGCCUGACGCGUUGUGGCUGGGCCGUGGUCGCUCGUAAGGACGGUGAGGCCUUUGCCUGGAUGGUCCAGGCGGCCGCGCGGAAGGCGGAGCAGCUGCAGCCAGCUGCCGACGCCCCAGCGCCCCGCAAGCACUACGUGUCAGACUCGACACCGUCGGUGCAGGUGGCGGUCGAGGCCGCAGGCGCUCCAGAGUUGAAGUACCUCCUCAAGAACAAGGUGGCGGACAAGAUCGUGACCGCCAUCGGCGUCGUGACGGUGACGAUCAACAACAAGGCGCCCAUCGUGAGCUCCGCGAUUCGGGCGCGCCGCUGCCUGUACAUCGUACUCAUGCUAUUGUACCUCAGCGGGCGGCCGCCUGGCAUUCUUUUCCAUGCGAUGCAGGUGGCGCGACAGUUCAGGCAGUAUGCAAUGCGGCCGGCCGCCAUAUUUACCCAGAUUUGUUCGACAAGGCAGUUGGAAUGUUCCCAUUAUUCCCACCGCCGCCUGACGACCUCGGCGAGGCUCUUGGCCCGCCCGACAGGCUACGGUUGGACCAUUGCGUUGUCGUUCCUGCUGGGUGCCGUCCUGAAGCAGGUCGUGCAUCAGGUGCCGUCCUGCUUCAGGUGCCAGAAGAGCACAUGGAACGGCCAGUGGUGGGGUCUUGUCUCGUUCAAUGCGGGCAAGGGCUUCGUGUGCAGAUUUUGCUGGCUCGAGGGAUGCACGGAGGCAGACCUGCCCAAAUGGCAGCGCUGGUUCACGCACCGGUACCGGCCGCCGGGGAGCGCCGCGGUCCUGCCGGAGGGCGCCUGGCGUUCGCAGGCGCGCGACGUGCGGCUGCAGGGCAACCGCCUGUGCGCAAGGCUGCGGCGAGAGGACGGCUCGCUGGCGCCCCAGGCGUGCGUUGCAGUGCAGCCGGGGCAGCGGUUCGCGAACUCGGACGGCAGUUUCGCCGUGGAGGUCUCGAGCGCGCUGCCUUACGGAACUUGGGUGGACACCGCAAGGGAUGUCAGGAUGGAGGGCAGUUUGCUCUUCGCCUCGCUGCAGCGGAGGGACCUCAGCUGGGCGGACACGUUCGUGGCAGUGGAGCAGGAGGGGCAGACGUUCGAGAAUGACGACGGCAGCUUCCGCCUCAUGGGCCAGGCGUGCGCGGCAAUGGGCGAAUGCCUCUUCGGCUACAUCCUCAAGCCCAACGCCUCGCACCUGUAUUGCCUUGGGAAGCUCGGAGACCCAGUCGGCGUGGUGUGCAACAGGACGCUUGACCUCGACCAGUGCUGCAAUGAGCGGAUGCCCUGCGACAACAUAACGACGUGCCCAGCAGGCACCUUGGCGGACCCAUACAACUUCUGCGCGGACGUGUUCUGCGAUUCUCAGGUCGACAGUGCUUCCUGCUGCAUCGCGCAGGACGUGUGCGCAGCGAUGCCAGUGCUGUCCUGCGCGUACGAGACUUCCCUGCAUUGCUUGCCGACCCGGUGCCUGGACGGUUACACGCUGAGGCUGAAUGCAAGUUCGAUCGAGUGUGGCUACCAAUGCGACGCCAGCGAGCACCGCGACAUCUGCUGCGAACCAGCGGAACGUUGCUCUAAUCUGACGUCGGUGCAAUGCCCCAACGGCUACUACUUAAAUGUGGACGCAUAUUGCGCUGGUGCCACAUGUGAGGAUAGCAGGGACUUGGGAGUGUGCUGCCAGGAGGCGCUGAGCUGUGAGAAUCUGAGCUGCCCUCUGGGCACAGUGGCGUUCAACGCCUCCACUCAUUUCUGCGACGGCGUGGACUGCGUGCUUGAACGUGACGUGGACCUGUGUUGCUACGAGGCCAUGCCUUGCAGCAAUCUCACUUGCCCCCACGGCUUCACCACGGUUUCGGGCACCUUCUGUGCCGACAGUUUCUGCCAAGACGACGUGGACCAAGCCAGUUGCUGCGUGCCAAGAGCUCCGUGCACGGACCUCUUCAACGUAACGAACGUGUCUUGCGAAUUUGGCCUCUAUUUCAACGAAGCCGACUUCUGCGUCUCGGUGGCCUGUGAGGCGCAGGACGUGAGUCAGUGUUGUCAAGUUGCCGAUCCGUGUUCCAGCCUUGCUUGCCCGUUGGGCUAUAACUCGCGGAGCGAGACCGUCUAUUGCUCUGGCGCGCAGUGCACAGUGGCUGCCGACAGGGACAUCUGUUGUGAGUUGGCUGCGCCUUGCAACAGCAGCGCAUGCCUGUACGGCUACGUCGUCAGCGAUGCAGCUGUUGAAAACGGGAGCACGGUUCUCUUCUGCUCCAGCACUUCUUGCGACCCAGCCGCAGACAAUGAUCAUUGCUGCGAGCCCGCUGAGUUGUGUUCAGGGAAUUACGCGUGUCCGCAUGGCUACACGUUGAGAACGCCCAGCCGCUACUGCGACGGCGUGACUUGCGAUCAGGCCCGCGAUCAAAACGUGUGUUGCGAGCCGGCCGCGCCUUGCACCGAGAUGGAGUGCGGCCUCAGUUUUAUCCACGUGCUCGACUCGUAUUGUGCACUUACCACGUGCAAUGUGACUUCUGAUUUCGGUACGUGCUGCACGCGAGGACUGUCGCUGCAGUACUUCAGAUUUAGGCCGACGAAGUUGCGCUCGUCUGUAGACACGGUGGUUCAGAUCGCGGACUUCUACCUCUAUUUCUCGGAGCAGCUGCUAAGUUACGACGGGGCCGUCGCUUAUUCUCCAGAUGGUAAUUAUCCCUCGAACGAGGGGCCUGACAAGGCGAUAGACGGCGUCCCAGGCACCAAGUGGCUAGAUUUGCAGGCGGGGAGUUUCAUCAUUAACCUUUCCUCACGGUCGGGCGUGGCAAACUACUCCUUCAUGACCGCGAACGACGAGCCGGACCGAGACCCCGUGAGCUGGGUAUUCGAGGGCUCGCUUGACGGCAGCCACUUCGUCACCCUGGACGCCGUGGAGGACGCGGACGCCGAAGUGCCCACCGCGCGCUUCACCGAGACGCCCUUUUACGGCGUCUCCGUGCCAUGCGCCGCGCCGGGGGGCAUCGCGAACGCGGACAUCGCCGCCCACAGCUGCGCGGAGGGCGCCGUGGUCGCGAGCGGUUCCCAGUGCACCGCGCAGUGCUCCAGCGGUUUUAUCCCGACAGUGCAGGCGCUCAGCUGUGCGCAUGGCCAGCUCACACCAGAGACCUUCGGGUGCAGCUAG